ACAGAAAAGGUUCUGCCAAUUCAUUGACCAGACUGUCCUGUAAUUAUAAAAUAUGUUUUCAUGAAUUCACAGAAAAUGUACUUGUACCCCCAUGGACUCAAUGUAACAGAAUCCAAAAAACAAAACAAAACACAGAAUUGUUAUAGUACAUAGUGGAGAAACUGGAACUUUUCUGUAAUAUAACUGUUUAUCUAUUAUUUAAUUACUUUAGCUUAGUAGUAAUGGAACUGGGGUUGAGGGGCAUAGUUGGAAAACCUGUAAAACUUAUGAAAAUACAGUUAAAAGUUCAAAAUCUAUGCAUUCCUUCUCAAAGCUGGCCAGUGGGCAGGAUUGGAGUCUUGGCUGGGCCAAUUCUGGCCUCCACAUCUUAUGUUUGACAUCACCAGUGGAUGCUAUUUAAAACCCAGUAACUGCCGUCUGUAUAAUGUUCAAAUUCAUCUUCAAAGCAAGAGAAAAAAACUCUCAAAUGCUCUUUAAACUUUUCCCUGGUCAGUAACAUGCUUAUUCCUCUUGAUAAAACUCAUGCGGCGCCUUAUCUAACACCUCCGUGACCGUGUUAUACCUUAAUAAUGGACAGGCUGUGCUUUCUACGUUCGUCUCUAAACAUGGUGCUAUUAUGCUUUCCCCAUUUAUACUGCAGCUGAGCCUCUCCGCUCUGUGCUGGCAUUAUCGCGCUUCAAGUCAAAAGGGUGUGCUUGGUAACUACUCGAGAAAUCUUUGAUUGACAGUUCAAUUUCACAACCGAAUACGUCGCCCCGCCCUUGUCCGGGUUCUUCGAACAGACUGACCAAUAGCUCCUAAAAGGAGGACCGCUUUUCACUCCAGGGUGAAAACCCCGCCCACCCCAGCUAACCGAACGGAGAUUGUUUUCGUUUGUAGGGGAGAUUCUCACUUUGUAGCUUGAAUUGUUUAUUUCAAGUAAUACUCCAUCGAUUAAUUGCUUUUUGCAGAUACACUGAGUUUCUGUCUUCUCCAGUCAGUGGUGUAGCCUUUCACCACGAGCGAACGGAUUAUCGUACCAUCAUCACCGAACUUCUGCUUGCUAUUUGGGAGAGAGGGAUCUCGCAGCUCUCCCGAGUAUGCGUACAUAAUGAAGCGGCGUGGGGAGGAUCCGGAAACGGUUUUUGCGUCCCCGCAGCGGCGCCUCGGUGGCAACGCGGAGGCUUUCCAGCAUCGUGUCCUGGCCCCUGCUCCAGCUCCGGCUGUGUACGAGGCCGUGUCUGACAACAUGCAGCCCACAGCAGGCGUCCAGUACUCCGUCCCACAAGGAUAUCAGGUUCCCACAGUGGCCCAGAACAGUGGCGGGCAUGGGCACACUCCAAGCCCAGCUGUCCAUGGGGGCUCCCACCACCACAGCCCGGCAGUGCAGUCCCACGGGCCCUCGGUCAUGUCAGGGCACACCCAUACAGUUGCUCCUCAGGCCUCUGCACAGGGCCAGCAGCAGUUCCAGAGACUCAAGGUGGAAGACGCUUUGUCUUACUUGGAUCAAGUGAAGCUGCAGUUUGGCAACCAGCCACAGGUCUACAACGACUUUUUAGACAUAAUGAAAGAGUUCAAAUCCCAAAGUAUUGACACUCCCGGAGUGAUCAGCAGAGUGUCACAACUCUUCAAAGGUCACCCUGACCUCAUCAUGGGCUUCAACACUUUCUUGCCUCCCGGCUACAAGAUCGAGGUCCAGACCAACGACCUAGUCAAUGUGACGACACCGGGUCAGAUCCACCACAUCACCCCACAUGGCAUUUCAGUCCAGAACAUCCCCAUAUCGGGAGCUGCUCCCCAACCUCAGCCUCCGCUUCCCUCAUCUGCAACCACCACUGCUCCGCCCCUUCUAACACAGCCCACGCCUGCCAAGACCAGCAAGCCUCCUCAGCCCCAGGCGUUAACACCAAGCAGCCAGAGCAAUCCGUCCAUCCCUGCCUACACCUCUCCCCGUUCGCCACCUAUGCAGCUCCACCCACCACUCAGCGGGACCCCCACAGGCCCACCCAUGCAGAACAACCAGCCAGUGGAAUUCAACCAUGCCAUCAACUACGUCAACAAGAUCAAAAACCGCUUCCAGGGCCAGCCCGACAUUUACAAAGCCUUCCUGGAGAUCCUCCAUACUUACCAGAAGGAGCAGCGUAAUGCCAAGGAGGCUGGAGGAAACUACACACCAGCUCUGACUGAACAGGAGGUUUAUGCUCAGGUGGCCAGGCUCUUCAAGAAUCAGGAGGAUCUACUCUCUGAAUUUGGGCAGUUUCUCCCUGAUGCCAACAGUUCAGUGCUAUUAAAUAAGACCACUGCUGAGAAGGCCGAGUCUGUACGAAACGACCACGGUGGCACUGCCAAAAAGCUUCAGCUCAACAACAAGCAGAGGCCCAAUCAGAACGGCUGCCAGAUCCGUCGCCAUCCCACGCCUGGGGCCACGCCCCCUAUCAAGAAGAAGCCGAAGUUACUGAACUUGAAGGAUUCCUCAGUGGCAGAGGCCAGCAAGCAUGGAGUCGGCACAGAAUCUCUGUUCUUUGAGAAGGUGCGCAAAGCCUUGCGAAGUGCAGAGGCCUACGACAACUUCUUGCGAUGUCUGGUCAUCUUUAACCAGGAGGUGAUUUCCAGAGCUGAACUGGUGCAGCUGGUGCUGCCGUUUUUAGGAAAAUUCCCUGAGCUAUUCAACUGGUUCAAAAACUUCCUGGGGUAUCGUGAAAUGUCCCACAUUGAAACAUACCCCAAGGAGCGGGCUACCGAGGGCAUCGCCAUGGAGAUUGAUUAUGCUUCCUGUAAGAGACUAGGCUCCAGUUACAGAGCCCUGCCUAAAAGCUACCAGCAGCCCAAGUGUACAGGCAGAACUCCACUUUGUAAAGAGGUCUUAAACGACACUUGGGUCUCCUUCCCCUCCUGGUCUGAAGACUCCACUUUUGUCAGCUCCAAGAAGACUCAGUAUGAGGAGCACAUCUACAGGUGUGAAGAUGAACGUUUUGAGCUGGAUGUUGUAUUAGAGACCAAUCUGGCUACCAUCAGAGUGUUGGAGACGGUGCAGCGGAAGUUGUCCCGCAUGUCCGCGGAGGAACAGGCCAAGUUCCGCUUGGACAACAUGCUGGGUGGCUCCUCAGAGGUCAUUCACCGCAAGGCCAUCCAGAGGAUAUACGGAGACAAAGCGCCCGACAUCAUUGACGGCUUGAAGAAAAACCCUGCUGUUUCUGUCCCCAUCGUUUUGAAAAGGUUAAAGACAAAAGAGGAAGAGUGGCGGGAAGCCCAGCGAGGCUUCAACAAGAUCUGGAGGGAGCAGAACGAGAAGUAUUACCUUAAGUCUCUCGACCAUCAAGGCAUUAACUUCAAGCAAAAUGACACCAAAGUGCUUCGAUCAAAGUCCUUGCUCAAUGAAAUCGAAAGCAUCUAUGAUGAGCGUCAGGAGCAGGGCUCUGAGGAGACCACCACUCCAGUCACAGGCCCCCACCUGACACUGUCCUACGAGGACAGCCAAAUCCUUGAGGACGCAGCGGCCCUCAUCAUCCACCAUGUGAAGCGGCAGACCAGCAUUCAGAAGGAGGACAAAUACAAAAUCAAACAGAUCAUCUAUCACUUCGUCCCUGACAUGCUGUUUUCUCAGCGGGGCGAGCUUUCAGAUGUAGAGGAGGAGGAGGAGGAAGAGGAGAUGGAACUGGAGGAAGGAGCUUCUAAAAAGCACAACGGUGUCCCGGGCAGCGGGAGUCCCUCAAAGUCCAAGCUGCUGUUCAGCAACACGGCAGCGCAGAAGCUGCGCGGCUGCGACGAUGCCUACAACCUCUUCCUCGUCAACAACAACUGGUAUGUCUUCCUGCGGCUUCACCAGACACUCUGCUCACGUCUGCUGCGGCUGUACGAGCAGGCGGAGCGGCAGAUCGAAGAGGAGGUCAGAGAGCGGGACUGGGAGAGGGAAGUCCUGGGGCUCAAGAAGGAGAAAAAUGACAAUCCAGCCAUCCAACUAAGACUGAAGGAGCCCAUGGACAUUGAGGUGGAAGAUUACUACUCUGCUUUCUUGGAGAUGGUUCGGAAUUUGCUGGAUGGCAACAUGGAAGCAUCUCAGUACGAGGACUCUCUGAGGGAAAUGUUCACCAUUCACGCUUACAUCGCGUUCACGAUGGACAAGCUCAUCCAAAGCAUCGUCCGGCAGCUCCAGCACAUUGUGAGUGAUGAGAUCUGCGUCCAGGUAACAGACCUCUACCUGGCAGAGAGCGCCAGCGGAGCCACUGGAGGAAGCUUGUCCACACAGUCCUCCAGGAGCUCCGCAGAGACGAUCUAUCAGCGGAAAGCCGAGCAGCUCAUGUCUGACGAGAACUGCUUUAAGGUGAUGUUUUUGAGAAACCGAGGACAAGUGCAGCUCACGGUGGAGCUGCUCGACACAGAGGAAGAGAACUCAGAUGAGCCCAUGGAGGCCGAGCGUUGGUCUGAUUAUGUGGGACGCUACUUAAACCCAGAUUCCACAACUCCUGAGCUGAGGGAGCACCUCGCUCAGAAGCCAGUUUUUCUUCCCAGGAAUCUGAGACGGAUCAGGAAGUACCAGAAGGGCCGAGAGCAGCUGGACAAGGAGGCCUGCGAGGGUGGAAAGAAAUCGCUGGAUAAGGAGAAAAUGGAGUGCAUGUUCAAACUAAACUCAUACAAGAUGGUCUACGUCUUUAAGUCUGAGGAUUACAUGUACCGACGCACUGCCCUGCUGCGAGCUCACCAGUCACACGAGAGGGUGAGCACGCGACUACACAAACGCUUCCAGGCCUGGGUGGAGGCGUGGGUCAAAGAGCACGUCACCCGCGACAUGAGCGCCGAGACCAACAAGUGGCUGAUGGGCGAGGGACGUGAAGGCCUACUGCCCUGCAGCACCACCCGUAACCCAGAGGUCCUUCACUUCAUGAACAUCAACAAAUAUCGUGUGAAAUACAGCACACCUAGCAAGGCACCGUAGCCAGCCAGACCCACGAGGGCAAACGGAAGCAGACUGACUUUUGGGGGGUUUAGGUCUGAUAUCAAACAGGAAUAGAGGUAGAGACGAAAGGUCGUCAAUGUGUUUUUAAAGCGGACAUGGGAGCACAAUUAAGCUAGCUGCCGUUUGUGUUGAAACCGGGGUGGGCAGGAUUACUGAAAUCCUU